AUGUCCUUUUUAGCUGAUGGAAAUGGCAAUAUUCAAGACUUUGAUUCUAAUUCCUGUGAAAUCUCAUCAAACAAAUCAAAUUGCAUAUAUUUUCGAUUCAAUUCAUCGCUUCAAUUUCAUCAUGAUAGCGCUUUAAUGAGUUUCAAUAUUACUUUAGCGCCCGCGUUAUCUACAACCAACGUUUCUUUUAAUCUAUCUGAGUACUUGUACCCAGAUCCACCAUUCCGCAAAUUUAACCUGGAUUCAACAUUAAAAUUAAAAUACGAUCCAUCAUCCGUAAACUUUUCCAAAAUUGGCAUUUCGGAUCACCAGUUAUACGUCAAGUUUGACGCAAUGGUGGUUAAUAAUAAUUCUUAUACAGACAUUAGUUAUCCAUCAUUCCUCUUCGAACCUGGAGAUUGUUCUGUCAUAAAUCUUUCUCCCACAAUUAAAGGAUCUUAUUAUGACAAUAUGGGACGCUUCAUGGGUUACCAAAAUGAAAAGAGUCAAUUUCAUUUAAAUCCCACCAUCACGACACUUCCAAAACUCACUGAUGGAAGGCAGAUACAAUUUGCUGUAAUACAAAGACAAUAUCUCAGACAUGAAAUGCAAUCUUCUCAUUCAAUGGCCAAUAUCGGUGGUUUCUACGUGGCCUUGAGUUCUAUUUAUGUUCUUUUGUUUGGAAUGUCAAAACUAUCCCCAUGCCUUAAAAGAAAAUUAGCAAAACGAUACGUCGCAUUUUCAGGAAUUCCUUUAUCGCAAAAAGUAUCAAAUCGACGUAACGAUGCUACAUUAGAAGAUCGUGUACAAAUGUUGGAAACGAUGUUGCAAGAUUACUACCUUGACAAUUACCAAUGGGAGCUCUUGAAAAAAAGUGUAUUGAAAUAUGACCGACUACAACGUCAAUAUGACCAAAUGACGAAUUUUCAAAACCAGAAAAUAAUUGAUUCAGAUUCAGAAGUUAAUUGA